UUAAUUAUCCUCGCAUCGUCGUCUCUCAGAGAUUCUUCAAUUAUUCUCAAAUGGAAACUCCAUACCCGAAGCUCAUCACUCCCUCGACGACUCGAAUCGGAUGGAUCGGCAUCGGAAUCAUGGGAUCAGCCAUGGUCUCUCACACCCUCGCUGCAGGCUACUCCGUCACCGUCUACGCUCGCGACCUCCGAAAGUCAAAGGAUCUCCAAACCAAAGGCGCUCGCACCGCAAACACCCCGAGAGGGCUGGCUGAGAUGAGCGACGUCGUUUUCACCAUAGUCGGAAACGCUAACGACGUCCGAUCACUCCUCCUCGGUCCCGACGGCGUGCUCCCCGGCCUCAAACCGGGAGGAGUAACCGUGGACAUGACUUCCAGCCAGCCAGAGCUCGCGCGUGAGAUACACGCGGAAGCGAGGAGGAGAUACUGCUGGGCGGUUGACGCGCCGGUGUCUGGUGGCGACGCGGGGGCUCGGGAGGGGACGUUAGCGAUAUUCGCGGGAGGAGAUUCGGAGAUCGUGGAGUUGUUGUGUCCUGUGAUGAAGAAUAUGGGAACGGUUAAGUAUAUGGGAGGAGCGGGGAGUGGGCAGAGCUGCAAGAUCGGGAACCAGAUCUGCGCUGGAAGCAACUUGGUGGGGCUCGCGGAAGGGAUGGUGUUCGCGGAGAAGGCGGGUUUGGAUCCGAAGAAAUGGCUUGACGCGGUGAAGGACGGUGCGGCGGGGUCGGCGGUUAUGAGGCUGUUCGGGGAGAUGAUGGCGGAGAGGGAUUAUAAGGCGACGGCGUUUGCGGAGUAUAUUGUGAAAGAUUUGGGGAUGGCGGCGGAUGAGGAGGAGGGAGUUGGUGACGUGGCGGCGAUGCCUGGGACUGCUUUGAGUAAGCAGUUGUUCUCUGGGAUGGUGGCGAAUGGAGAUGGUAAGUUGGGGAUUCAAGGGGUGGUUUCUGUUAUCAGGAGACUUAACGGUAUGUCCUGAUGAUAGCAGUUGUUCUGUUAUCAUGCGACUUGUCUUCGGUUUGGUGUGUGUGUGUGUAGUGAAGUUGAUCAUAAUAACACAUGUAUCAAAAGUAAGAGAUGGAUCUUUACAUUACUAACAUAACAGAACGAGUUUCUUCCA